AUGCGAGAAGAUUCACGAAAAAAUGAUUUCUACAUGUCAUGGUCCUCAGAUGGAGCUGAUUCCUCAACUUCUACGACUCUGCCGCAUGUAAUGAAGGGGUCUUCUUCCGAUGAUGUUGUGGGCGAUAUUGUAACACCAGUGUCUCCAUCGGAAGCACCCAGUAGUCCUGCUGCACAAGUGGAUUUUUAUACUUAUUCCGGAGAUGAUGAAGAAGGUGCAGUUGGAGAGCUGGUGGAUACUAAGAGCGAAGCAAAAUCUCAUCGAUGGAAAGGGCUGAUAGUUAUUCUACUACUUCUCGCUCUUGGUUUCGGGCUAUACAUUCUAUUCAGAAACGAAGCUCCAGGCACCAAGGAUGCUAGCAAUCCUCCUUGGAAUCCAGCAGAUAUGCCAUCAGGCGCACCAACAAGUGAAUCAGAAACCGUCAUGCCAAGCUUGACUCCCACAACACCGCCACUUUAUGACCCGCCUUCGGUGGAAGAUUGCAUUGCGAUCGCAAGGGGUAAGGUAAUUGAUGGGCAGGACGAAAUGUUGGUCGAACGAUACGAAGUUGUGCUCGAUGUGGCACUAGAUUCGGGAGGUAUUGCCAUUCAGGGCAUUUUGAAUCGAUUAGUCGCUGAAACACGGCAGAUAAUUCUUCCCGAGAUUCUUGGCUGUGGUGAUGCAAGUCGUAAAUUGAUGGAAAUUGAAAGUGGAGCGGAUGACAAUCCAUCUGCCUCUUCUGCCAUUGUUUCAAUGAUUCGGGGUAGUGCAAGACGACAGCUGUCUUUACCCACAUCACCGUCCUCGCGGUUCAUUAUGGCCAAUGCUGCCGUUUCCAUUCGGAAUCCAUCGGCAGAGUGGUGUGCAUCAGGGUCAGGUCCCCUCUGCUACCGCGUUAUUAUGUCGUUCGACAUGGCCUUCCGAUCGGAUGAUCUAAAGGUGCUAACAGUGGUCCAAUACAUUGCCGAGGCAUUCAAGUCACCCGAUUCACUCGCUGACAAAUUGUUGCUGGGCAGUCCCUUUCAAAAUAUUUUUGUCCGCGACGUGUAUCCAGCCUUUCACACGGCAAUUCCUACCUUGUCGCCGUCACAUCUAUAA